AGGGCACCCGUGAGGCGCAUGCGCUCUUGCAGCUCCCUGGUCUCACACGUGUGCCGUUCCUUUGCUCGGGAUCAUGCCUAAAGUGAAGCGGCCGAGGGGCUCCAGCGGAGCGGCGGCAGCGGGGAAUAUUCCGCUAGCUGAGCAGAUCGCUCUGGCCGACUCGGUGAAGCCCGUCACGCGGGUGAAGCGGCGCGGCAAAGCGGCGAAACAUGGCGGUGGCGAAGAGGACGAGUACGUCGAUGAGAAGCUCUCCCGCCGGAUCCUGGAGCAGGCUCGGAUCCAGCAAGAGGAACUGGAGGCCGAACACGGCGCGGGUGGAAGAAACGAGCUCAAGACGAAGAAAAAGACGACCGUGCUGGGACCUGCCUCAAAAGAUGGAGAUUCAGAUACAGAAGAUGAUGAGUGGCCAUCACUGGAAAAAGCUGCUGCCAUGAAGGAAGAGUAUUGUGAAGAGAUUAUAGUGAAUCCAGAAGAUGAAAAGGCCAUUGAGAUGUUUAUGAACAAGAACCCACCAUUGAGGCGCACCUUGGCAGAUAUUAUCAUGGAGAAGAUCACAGAAAAACAAACAGAGGUAGAGACUGUGAUGUCGGAAAUAUCAGGUCAGCCCAUGCCACAGCUUAACCCUCGUGUCAUAGAGGUCUACAAGGGCGUCAGAGAAGUGCUGUCAAAAUAUAGGAGUGGAAAACUGCCCAAAGCCUUCAAAAUCAUCCCGGCUUUGUCCAACUGGGAGCAGAUCCUUUAUAUCACAGAGCCAGAAGCAUGGACGGCAGCUGCCAUGUACCAGGCAACCAGAAUCUUUUCAUCUAACCUCAAAGAGAGGAUGGCCCAGAGAUUCUACAAUUUGGUGCUACUCCCACGAGUCAGAGAUGACAUUGCUGAAUAUAAGCGCCUCAAUUUCCACCUUUACAUGGCAUUGAAGAAGGCCUUGUUCAAGCCUGGAGCUUGGUUCAAAGGGAUCCUCAUCCCCUUGUGUGAGUCAGGAACAUGCACACUGCGGGAAGCCGUCAUUGUGGGCAGCAUCCUCACCAAGUGCUCUAUCCCUGUCCUUCAUUCUGGGGCUGCAAUGCUCAAGAUUGCUGAGAUGGAGUACAGUGGGGCCAAUAGCAUCUUCCUUCGCCUGCUCAUUGAUAAGAAGUAUGCCCUGCCCUUCCGUGUGGUAGACGCCCUGGUCUUUCACUUCCUAGCCUUCCGGACUGACCAGCGGACCCUGCCCGUCCUGUGGCACCAGUGCUUCUUGACCUUUACUCAGCGCUACAAAGAGGACUUGUCCUCAGAACAGAAGGAAGCUCUCCUGGAACUGCUCAAGUUCCACAGCCAUCCCCAAAUCUCCCCUGAGAUCCGCAGGGAACUUGUGAAUUCCAAGUGUCGGGACGUGGAGAGUGUGCAACCAGUGGCAAUGGAGUGAAUGGAUGGGUAAAAUUGCUUCCAUAUAUUGGGCUCUUCACUUGCUGUGAUUUUGCUCCUGGUGGGAUUUAAGAAGUUAAGGGCAGCAGCUGCUUCGGUUUUGAGGCUACUGCAACAUAGUAUAAAAUGAAUGGGGUUUGUCCCUUCUACACUAUGAGUCUGGCAAGUCUUCCUUUAUGCAAGUUCAAAAGCAUUUGGAGCAUUUUUCCCCUUAAACUUGCCCAUUUGCUCAUGGAGAGAUUUGUUUUAGAAACCAGGAUCCCUCCCAUGUGAUUCCUUUCAUGAUAGACUUUAGAGACCUCAACUGUCAGAAAGUACUAGAAGAUGCAUAUUAAAUGAUAGCAGGGAGCAGAUCGAUGGGGGGCAAAGAGCAUCAGUUAGAGGUGGCAUCUGGCAAGCGGAUGCUGCUGUACUGGCAGAAGCCCUUGGACCACCCCUUGAGUGCUGGUCAAGCCAGAAGGGGUGUGAGUUUCAACUGUACUGACUUACACUUGGGAUGUGUACUUGAAUGCCAUUGACUGCUUCUAGAUUGAUCUCACCUUUCCUGGCUUAGGUCACUUUGAAAGCUGAAGCUUUUCUUUGAAAAUAAAGUUUUGUACCCCACCUCUCAA